CGUCGAGAUCUCUUGAUCUUCAUCAAUCUAUAAAUACAGAUGCCUACACACAAGUGAGCUUUUAUCUUACAGUCCCAACACUCAGUCUUGUCUUAAUUCCUUCUUUCUCUCAACUAAUUUCUUAAUUAUGGAUCUUAGAAUUCUCUUAACGGUUACACUAAUCUACAUUAUCUUCUCCGGUAUCGUUGAUGGCCAGACUCCGGCCGCUUCUCCGACCAACUAUCCUGAUAUGUCUCCUCAAAAACCUAAGUCCACAGCUCCCGCCAUUACUUCUGCUUCUCCGUCGCCGAUAUCCACUCCCACGGCGGCUCCGGUGAAGAUUCCAGCAGCGUCCCCUUCCAUAGAGGCUCCUAUAUCCUCGUCGUUUGCUCCGGCAGCAGCUUCCCCUUCCUCCAUUGAGGCUCCUGAAUCCUCCUCGUUUGCUCCGGCAAUGGCUCCAGCAGCGUCCCCUUCCAUCGAGGCUCCUGAAUCCUCCUCGUUGGCUCCGGCAAUGGCCCCAGCAGCUUCCCCUUCCUCCAUCGAGGCUCGUGAAUCCUCCUCGUUUGCUCCGGCAAUGGCUCCAGCAGCUUCCCCUUCCUCCAUUGAGGCUCCUGAAUCAUCCGCUUCCGUGCCAGUGACGUCUUCUCCUUCUCCUACACCUGAGAUCUCUCCGCCGGUUCUUUCACCGGAGACUGAUUCUCCAUCGUCUCUGGCUCCAGUGGUUGCACCGUCGGCUGACAUCCCGGCUCCAGCUCCUAGCAAACAUAAAAAGACUAAAAAGACAAAGAAGCACAAGAACGCGCCGUCUCCAGCUCCUGAGCUUCCAAGCCCGCCUGAACCGUCCACGGAAGCUCCUGGACCAAGUGAUGCUUUUGCUCCCGAAACCGCCGACGAUCAGAGUGGAGGAGACAGAACAAGUGUAACGCAGAGUGUAGUCGUGGGAGCUGUGGCAACCGCAUGGGCUAUGCUCGUUCUGGCCUACUAAUAAAUUUCUAGUUUUUUUUUUCCUUUUGUGUUUCAGCAGCCUCUUGAUUAUUUAUGCCAUUGUCUGCCUCGUCACAGCUCACUUUAUGUAUCGGCAUUUGAUAUACGUUUUGGCCUACGUAUACAAAUAAAUCCAAUCUCCU